AGGGCAUUCCAGAUUCCAACCCGGACUCAACUGACGAUAGUUUGUUUGCUUCUCUGCUCGAUGCAAGAGAGAGAGAGAGGCGAAUGUGUAUAUGUAUUGUGGCUCUCUUGUAUGUGUAAUAGUUUUUAACGUGGGGUGUAGACAACCAAAAGACGACCAUAGCAUGUCACGUCCGACAACAUCCAUCAUGACGAGCCAGUGAAUGCACCCAGAAACGAAAACUAUUUUCGCCACCUCCCUCUCUCUCAAUCGAGAAGUUUGUUUUCUUGGGGUUUUUCAUCGAUAAUUUUUUGCCAUCAGCCGACUCCCUUGACGGUUCUUUGGCACAGUGUUGUUGCCAAGUGGAAAGGACUGACCUGAAGACUCUUUUCGAAGCAGAGAGUCAGGGGGUUGGUGAGGUAGGAGAAACGUAGGGUCAUUUUGAGGACCCACAGCACCAAAAAGCAGGCAAACUGGAACUCAUGGAGCUUGAAAAUAUUGUCGCCAACACCGUUUACCUCAAGGCUAGGGAAGGUGGUGGUGACAGCAACAAAGGCAAAAGCAAGAAAUGGAAGAGGAUUCUUCAAUUUCCACAUAUUUCAGUCUGUAUAGACUUGAAGGAGAAACUAGAUGUGCGUUACUGCUUUAUCAUCGACCAGCAGCCAAUUGGGCGGUUACUCUUCAGACGGUUCUGCGAAAUCAGUCAAAAGUAUCAACGCUACAACAACUUUCUUGACGUCAUGGAUAAAUACGAGCUGGAGGAUAUAAGAAGAGAGGAAACUGCCCAAGAAAUCUACAGGCGAUUCCUGGCUCCAGGUGCUGAAGAGUCUGUCGAAAUCAUCAAUGACGACAUUAUAGGGCAGUGCAAAGAAAGGUUGCACGAAGGCAGCAAGGACGUGUUUGCUGCCUGCACGGCCGUCGUCCGCGAUUAUUUGGCCGGUGAGCCUUUCAAGGAUUUCGAGAACUCGAUGUACUUUCACCGUUACCUCCAGUGGAAAUGGCUCGAAAGCCAACCGGUAACGUACAAAACUUUCCGAAUGUACCGUGUUUUGGGCAAAGGAGGAUUUGGUGAGGUGUGUGCUUGCCAGGUGCGGGCCACCGGCAAAAUGUACGCCUGCAAGAAAUUGGAGAAGAAAAGGAUAAAGAAGCGCAAGGGAGAGGCGAUGGUCCUCAUUGAGAAGCAAAUCCUACAGCGAAUCAACUCGCGUUUUGUCGUAAGUUUGGCAUACGCCUACGAAACCAAGGAUGCUCUUUGUUUGGUGCUGACCAUUAUGAACGGUGGCGACCUCAAAUUCCACAUUUACAACAUGGGCGGCGAGCCGGGCUUCGAAAUAGAGCGAGCACGAUUUUACUCUGCAGAGAUAUUAUGCGGUCUGGAGCAUCUGCACACGCAAGGGAUCGUCUAUCGGGACUGCAAGCCCGAGAACAUUUUACUGGACGAUCACGGUCACGUACGAAUAUCCGAUUUGGGUCUAGCUGUUGAUAUACCCGAAGGUGAUAUGGUUCGAGGCCGUGUAGGCACCGUUGGCUACAUGGCUCCUGAAGUCAUUGACAAUGAAAAGUACACGUUCAGCCCGGAUUUCUUCAGUUUUGGCUGCCUCAUUUAUGAAAUGAUUGAAGGCCAGGCGCCGUUUCGGGCUCGUAAAGAGAAAGUCAAACGGGAGGAGGUGGAUCGACGGGUCCGUGAAUCCACCGAGUCAUACUCGUCCAAGUUCACUGAAGAGGCCAAGUCUAUUUGCCAGCAGCUGCUGAAAAAGCAGCCCAAAGAUCGGCUGGGCUGCUCGCAUGGCCGGUACGGAGCUACCCAAGUCAAAUCGCACGAAUAUUUUCGGAGCACCAACUGGCGCCGACUGGAUGCCGGCAUAUGCGAACCUCCUUUCAUUCCCGAUCCGCACGCCGUUUACGCGAAAGACGUUUUGGACAUUGAACAAUUCUCAACAGUCAAGGGCGUUAGUUUAGACUCGACAGAUGACUCUUUCUACACCAAAUUUAAUACCGGAUCAGUUUCCAUCCCGUGGCAGACCGAGAUGAUUGAGACGGAAUGUUUCAAAGAACUCAAUGUUUUCGGACCGGAUGAAACACGCACUCCCGACUUGAUCCUCGAACAGCCACCAGCGCCGGAAAACCACAGUUGUUUUCCGUUCCGGCGGAGGAGAAAGCAGCCCGGCUAUCGUACGAAAUGAGCAAUCAACAAAAGGAUAUUAACACCACACACACACACCAUCGCCAGGGUUUUUCCCCCCCCCCCCCUCCUCUCUCCCUAUUACUCAUUUCGACGGAUUGGCGGAACCAUGCAACAUCUGGAUAGAGCCGAAAAAACAAAAGACUCCGUUGAUUGAUGGAUUUAAUUGACGCGCAUAUUAUGAAGAGAGGUCACGUUCUGCUACUAUAACCACUCGUAUGUAUGUAGUAACUUCUUCCUCCCCAUUAUUUUUUUUUUCAUAUCCGUACCCAAUCUUAUUCUUUGUGACUAACGUUCUCGCUGACUCCGUCCCCGAAAUAAUGGGACCUCCCAAUUUGACCCUUUUUUUUUUUAAAGAAAAGACGUGAACGGGACAAUUUUCUAAUCCCUUCUUAAACUAAAAAUUUAAGAGAGACCGCGGGUCCUUUCGAAACAGGAGCUUUUUUUUUAACACACGUAUAAUUAAACGUCAUCUUUUUUUGGAGGAUGUCGUAAAAAAGGGAAUCCAAGAAAUAGCGUUUAGGAAAUUCAGUUAGGAGCGGAAUUUUUGAGAACUAUUUUUUAACAUACACACACCUCAUUGUGUUUUUUGCUCAGUAAAGGUCGCUGACCUUUUCUCCUUUUUUUUAAAUUUCUUUUUAUCUUUUCACUGGCCAGAAUAACACAAGCGCAAAAAAAAAGUAAUUUCCCAGUCCAGUCUGUCCCCUCUUCCCUCAUUCUGAAGUACAAACUGUCGGUGCAAUGUGAAAUGUCCGUUUUGUGUGUACUACUGUAUGCGUAUUGAAGGCGGUCGUGGGCCAGCACACGUCAGGGUUUUCUUUCUUUCAUUCUUCCUUCUCUCUUUUAUCUUUUUCUGUUCUCGCUGUCCCCCCUCCGUAUUUGUUCUCUGAAUCUAAAUAAUCGAUAGUUUAGGGCACAAUCCCACAUGAUUUUUUUUCAAGCUUUUUUCCCGCUUUUUACAAGAAAUUAACCUGUCCGACAAAAGGAAAACGACAAACGCACCUAUUACGUAUUCACGUACACAAUGUGUGCACAAUCGCUGACUUGCUGCUGCUUUAUUUGAUAUAACUCAAUUCCAUGUGUGUCAUUUCGACGAAGGAUCGGAUCGAUAGUAGAAGAAAGGCAUUUCUCUCUGUUCUCCACCCUCGUUUAUUAUUAUUAUUAAUUGCAAUGGGAUAUUUCAAAAGUGACGUUGAUUUAUACAACGCAUGUGUACGGACUUCCGGUCUCUCUCAGCCGUCUUACGUGACGGUCAGAAAAAAAUAUUGAGAACCUAUAAGAAAACAAAAUGUAGAAAAACACACACACAAAAGGUUGAAUAAUAUUCGAUUUGUUCGAGUCAAUUGUUUCGUCGGUUUAUGAUUAAAGAAAGCAGAAACAAAAAGGAAACGCUUUUUUUUUUCAAGGAGGUCGUAUGUUUGCCUACUCCAAAUAUUGUACGUAUGUGUGUGUGUCUGCGUAGGUGUGAAUGUGUUUGGUUAGUUUGUUCUUUUUUUAUUUUAAUAUUUCUCCGUUUCCUUCCUCCCCAAACACACACACUCUCUUUUUAAUCUAUCCAGAUGUUUGUCGCCCAUAAAAAAACAUUUGGCCUCCCUCCCCAAACUAUUUUGGAAAAAAAAGGAAAACAUUUUUACUAAAAACGACGAAAACAACAAAAAAUUUGCUUUUUUAUUGUUUCGAUUCCGUUGUUGGUUGGAUGACGUUUUUCACACUCGGACUCUUUACAUUUUCAUCUGUUUUUUAAUUUUCCUCGUGACGAAUUGUUUCUUUAUUUUUCCAGUAAUAAUUUAUUAUGAUUAAUGAUCAAUCACAAUGCGGCGCCGGGAUGAUUCUAGUUGCAUCUAAUUGCGUUUUGGGGGGAGGAGGGUUGUCUUUUAUUUGAUUAUUUUGUCUCAUUUUUCCUGUAAUUUUUUUUCCCUUCUUUUCCUUGACACCCGUGAUGAAAGACGGUGUCUGUUCUGUUUGCUCUCUUUCUAUAGUUGCGUCUCUUUAUUUGGUAACACUGUAAAGAAAAUGAGGAAGAAAAAAAGACAUCUUUUCUUUUUGUUCUCUUUCUGUGACCAGGACCUUCUCUUGUAUUACCCGUUCUCUAUCUCUUUUUGUGGGUCGUAAUAUAAUAUCUAAUAUUUACUUUUUUGUGUCCAUUGAAAACGUAAAAUCCCAAAAGCAAAAAAAAAAAAGCCUAUUCUCUUAUCAAUUGUACUCUCACACCAAUACCUUUGAUCGAUCCCGGCCAUCCAUCAGACAACAACAAACAACAAUUUGGAUAAAA